AUAUCAUCCCCCUAACCCCGCAAAUAUAACCCCACCCACCACCACUUUACGACGGCGCUGGGGAGAAACAGAAUUAUAUGAGAGGAAAUUAUGAGAAACUACAGAAUGGCGAAACGGCAUUGCUACCCACUUUCAAUUGCGCAUUCAAUUUCAGGUCACCAAAACGGUUCACUUUUUCUUGAUUCCCUCUACUGCUUGGAGGAGGAGGAAGAAAUUGGGGAUGGACAUUCCCAGCCAAAGAUCGAAGCUUUCUCGAUAAAUGUUAACGUCGAUUCCCCGAAUUCUGUGUUCUUGUCGGACAGGGACUUUCUCUGGGAAGACGAGGAAUUGGUGUCUCUGUUCUCAAAGGAGAACAGAAAUAAGCUCCACGAUGCUCUCCCACACAAUCCCUCUCUAGCUGCGGCUCGCUCCGACGCGGUUGAGUGGAUUCUCAAGGUCAAUGCCCAUUACUCCUUUACUGCCCUCACCGCCGUUUUGGCCGUUGAUUAUGUCGACAGGUUCCUGUCCAGCCCCCAUUUUCAGAUUGACAAGCCAUGGAUGACCCAUCUCACCGCCAUUGCCUGUUUAUCUCUCGCUGCUAAAGUGGAGGAAACCGAAGUUCCCCUUCUUUUAGAUCUCCAGGUGGAGGAAAAUAGGUACUUUUUCGAAGCUAAAACCAUUAAAAGAAUGGAGAUUCUUGUUCUCUCUACGCUUCUUUGGAGAAUGAAUCCGGUGAACCCACUUUCAUUUUUGGACUAUAUUGUAAGACGGCUCGGCUUCAAGGACCAGCUCUGUUCUGAAUUCCUCUGUAAAUGUGAAAGAUUACUUCUUUCUGUCAUUUUAGAUUCCAGAUUCGUAUGCUUUCUUCCAUCAAUGAUAGCAAGCGCCAUUAUUUUUCAAGUUAUCAACGACAAAGAACCCCAUGUCGCAGCAAAAUACCACGAUCAGCUUCUGGGUUUUCUUCAAAUCGACAAGAAUAAGGUGGAAGAUUGCUCACAAUUCAUCAUAGAGGCUUCAUCGAGAGGACACACAAACAAACAAAGAUUUGGUUUAGUGGACAUGUCGUGCAGCUCAAAUGGUCGGACUCAGAAUGUGGACCGUGUAGUGUCGUCGCCGGAGACAGCAACGAAGAAGAGAAAAAUUGAUGAACAGCCACCGUAGAAGCAGAAUUUUCAGUAGAAUUAGUUGACCCUUGGGGUUCAUUUAAUCAGGCUUAUAGGUGCUUGUACUUUUUGUUUCUCUGGUACACCAAGAGUGUACGUUCAAUAACUAAUAUAUAUAUAUAUAUAUAAUUUAUAAUAUGAUCAAGU